GCACCCCCUCCUCUUAUAAUAAGGCCUCUAGCCUCAUACAGAUAACCAUCACCCAUCAGUAGGAAGGAAGUCCAACCACAACAAACCUGGCAACACCCUGUAUUCCUACAUACCAAGAGAAACAAGCAUGAGACCUCAGGUGUUGCUCGUCACACUGGCUGUCCUCGCCGUCCUCGCAACUCUGCCACUCCUCAGCAAAGGGAGCGGGGAGGAGGGAGGAGCGGCGGUCGCUGACGACGCCGCGAACGCGAGCUCCUGGCCGUGCUGCAACCAGUGCGGCUUCUGCAACAGGAAGAAUCCACCAGAUUGCAGUUGCCUGGACAUCUCGUUCCAGGGUUGCCACCCAGCGUGCAUGAACUGCGUCAAGUACACCAGCACCACCGAGGCGCCUGUCUACCGGUGCGUCGACGUCCUCACUAACUUCUGCAAGCGCCGCUGCACACCGACCGCGGCGGCCAUCUGAAUGAAUGAAUCCCGUCAACUUCUUUGAUGACCAGUUCUGUUCUUGCUUGCUUUGAGAAAAGAAAUAAGUGUUGCUGCUUUAUGCUUGAUGGCACAUCGAUCGUAUCCUAUACUGUUUCUGUAAUAAAGAGCUGUACGUGCUCAAGCAAAGCUCUGUUGGCGGGGUUUCAAUUUCAUCGCCAUUUCCUUUGGUAUUUCGCCCCCUUUGCAAGAGUAUUGAUUGUGUUGCUUAGUGGUACAUAGCUUCUUGUUAUGUGUUAUUUUCAUGCCGUGGGUAAUACAGUUGUUGUGUUGUCACUA